GUAUUGAAAUGGGUAGAAGAAGCAGUGCAAGCCUCCAAAGUUCAUCUAUUGUCUACGGACCGUUUGACUUCAGGAAGAAGCUUUUGGCAGAUCCCUUUUGAUCCUAGCCUGAAAGAAGUUACAGUGUCCCUAAGUGGCCCUUCUCCAGAAAUUGGAAUUCAUAACCCUUUGGGUAAACCUGUAAAGAAAGGAUCUGGCUUGAAUGAAUUACUAAAUAUUGAAAAUUCUGCUAAAGUAGUAAACAUAAAAGAUCCAGGACCAGGAACAUGGACUAUUCAG